CUCCCCGGCAGUGGAAUGCAUUGUGGAUGUCGAUUGCCAGACACGAAACGGGAUGGAGCCGUGGCGGACUGGAGAGCAGGGUUCGCCUUCCCGGAUUGGGCCUACAAGCCCGAAUCGAGUCCCGGCUCCCGUCAGAUCCAACUCUGGCAUUUCAUCCUGGAGCUGCUGCGCAAGGAGGAAUACCAUGACGUCAUCGCCUGGCAAGGGGAUUACGGCGAGUUUGUCAUCAAGGACCCCGACGAAGUGGCCCGGUUGUGGGGGGUGAGGAAAUGCAAGCCUCAGAUGAACUACGACAAGCUGAGCCGGGCCUUGAGGUAUUACUACAACAAGCGGAUCCUGCACAAGACCAAAGGCAAACGUUUCACCUACAAGUUCAACUUUAACAAAUUGGUGUUGGUCAACUACCCUUUCAUCGACAUGGGCAUGGCGGGUGGGGCCGUGCCCCAAAGUGCUCCCCCUGUGCCCUCGGGUGGGUCACACUUCCGCUUCCCCCCUUCCACUCCAUCCGAUGUCUUGUCACCGGCCGAGGAUCUGCGUUCGCCCGGGGUCUUCUCCGCCGUGGCUCGCCGCCUCGCUCGGGGCUCGGUCAGCGACUGCAGCGACGGCACCUCGGCCAAUUCAGAAGUGGAGGAGACGUUGGCCGAAGAGCAGCGACGUGGAGGAGAGGCGGGUGGAUUCCGCGGGCCCCCCUUGCCCAGCCAUCCACGUUUGACCCACGACGCCCUCUUUAGGAUCUAUCCCCGCCCGCGGGUUCCUGAGCCUCUCAGCCCCUUCCCCGUGUCCCCCAUGACUGGGCCUGCUGCUCUCCUGCCCCCCCAGCUGUCCCCUGCCCUCCCACUCACUCCCACUCACAUAAAUUACACUCCCUCACCCACCCUCAGCCCCAUGUACCCCAGCGGCUCCCACUUCUCCUUCAACCCUGAGGACAUGAAGCGCUACCUCCAAGCGCACACCCAGAGUGUGUACAACUACCAUCUCAGUCCCAGGGCCUUCCUCCACUACCCCAACAUUAUCAUCCCGCAGCCCCAGCGCCUGGAGAAGCCCCCUCUUCCCCCUCCGCCUUUGCAAGCGGAGGAGCCCCCCAGUCCUUUCAAAUUCAAGCUGCAGCCGCCACCGUUGGGACGCCGCAACCGCGACAAGCAACCUGCGUCAGCCGUGCCCCCGGGAGACUCCAGUGGUGGCCUUCUCGCCUCCUCCUCUUCCUCCUCCUCCUCUUCUGCAGCUGCUCCGGAGACCCUCAUCCCCCAGAUCAAAGUGGAACCCAUCUCGGAGGGAGAGUCCGAGGAAGAUCUCACCGUGGAGGUCACGGAUAUCAGCGAGGAUGACGAGGAGGUCUUUAAGGCCCCCUCGGCCCCCAUGGAGAAGAUAGAAAACGGGGAGACUUCCGCUUUAGCGCCCCCCGUUUCUCGGGCCGGGGAGAGCGGCAAAUGCAUUCCCCUCAAAUUGCGCUUCAAACGCCGCUGGAGCGAGGAUCAGCGGCUGGAAGCCGGCGGGACGGGCGACGAAACAGACGACAAGAAAGUGAAGGGCGAGGAGGACGCCGGUGGUCACGGGGACGCGGUGGGAGGCCGGCGGAUCAGCACGGAGCUGCAGCAGGCCACAGCCGAACUGACCCUGGAGAAUCGAGACUGCUAGACAGGACAUGCAGCUCUCCCUCCCUCCGGACAGAUGGACCGAUGACGGGGUGGGUGGGCUGAAUUUGCUGCCUUAACUCAGAGAUUAUUUUUCUCCUUUCCUUCCUUCCUUGUGUCCUUCCUUCCUUUCUUCUUUCCUUCCUUCCUUCCUUGGCCUGGAACUCUGUACAUGCUCUGCUCCUUCUUUGGAAGCCAGAAAAAAAAAAUGUAGGAGCGGGGAAGUUUUUACUUGUCUAUAUGCAUAUAUAAAUCUAAAAUAUAUAUAUUAUAUAUAUAUGUAAAACCUCUUUGCAGGGGUGGGGGGAUUUCUAAAAAUUAAUAUGCCAGGUUCGUUUUUAAGGGUUCUCUUUUCUCUCCCCCUCCCCGGCCUCAUACACUAUAAGCCUCAGGACCUUUUUAAUUAAAGAUUAACCCCUCCUCCCCAAAUACGGUGUAGUUUGGGGGGAAAAGCAUUUUGGAAGGGGGGCUUUGUAGGGGAGAAUAAGGGUAGUCUUAUAUGGAAGCCACCACCCUGCUCUUUUCCUCGUCCUCACACUCACAAACUUUGCAAUUAGCAAUCUUAAGCACAAUACACUUUUUAAUCCCCCCGUGGAUCAAAAAGAGCGUUAGCCAUAUAUGUUCUCUGUCCCUCUUCACCCCUUCCUGUGCGCCUUCGGCGUUUAGCCAUGCUGGCCACACGACCACGGAUAUCGUCUUCAAAAAACCACAGGCUCCCUCAGCCAAGGAACGCACGGCCCCCUAGAGUUGGAUACGACCGAGAGGGAGAUUUUCUUUUUUAACCUUUUAUAUAUUAACUAUAUUAAAUAUUUUAUAGGCUGCCCGAGAAUUCCUCUUCCCUCGAGGCAGCCUAGGCCAGCCGAAAGGAUGGACACGCCUGCAGUCUUAAUGGUUAGCGUGGGAUCAUUGAGGCAUCUUUGUUGUAAAAACUCUUUUGUCUGUUGUGUUGCUGCAUCUUCUCAACCUAAAAUAAGAUGGGGAUCCCAUGUGUUUUUGGGGCUUGGUUGAGGGGUGCCUUUGCAACAUGUGAUGCUCGUCACCAGUGGCAAAAGAGGAGUUUUCUAUCUUGUCUUUGCCAAACGCACCAAAGACUUUCCCUUUAUAACUAUGCUUUAGGAGCGGGUCUCCA